CGAUGAAGUAACACCUAACACUCGGAAUUGAAUGAAGUUCCAUUCAUCCUCCAAAACGUCAACUUUGCUCCAGAGCGCCCCUCGUAAUCUGUAUUGGGAUCAUUCGUUCAUUCUAAGUAUAUCACGACGACUAACGUCGCGGCGCAUCAGGUCAGUCUACCAUACAGACGCUCUGCCAACAUAUCUCUUCCUACCGGACGUGUUUGUUGCCAAAAAAGUUAGGUUAAACAUGUAGUGCUUACAGGAUAACUGAGCUCCAGAGAGAUCACAAGUAUCCACAAGCAUUUAUCCAGAUAAUGUAACUGAUCAUGAGUGAAAACAUUCCAUCAACUUCGAACAGUACAGCAAAACUCACUUCAACUUCACCAAUUCAAAAUGCAAGGAAAUCCAGGAGAAAGUAUGAAAAGGUCAAGCUUCCAACACCACCUCCUGAUCCUAGGGGUGACCAAAACGAAGGUUGCUCCGAAAAAGUAUUCCUUGAAUAUCUGGAUCAACUACAGAAACAUACUGCAAAUUACUCAAGAUCAACGUCACAUCUUGCUUCUGUAUUGAUAGCGGAAGAUGCCUUCGAUCAUUUGGAGAGACUCUACAAACUCAUGGAGCAAAUGCUGGAACUGAGAGCUCAAAAUGCAAAGUUACAUAGGAAAAUACGUGAUUUGGAACAUCUCAACAAUAUGGAAAAAAUGUACCGACAAGUGGAAAAUUUACCGGAAGAUGAUUCAUGUCCAGAACUGGAUAAAGAUACAGCUUUUGCAGAGACGAUAUUGGAAUCUAUCCUUCAAGAACCAAAACAACCUUUGAAACACAAAGGUUCUUUGAGACAGUCCAUAAUGAGAAGACAUAGGAAUAGGAGUUGUUCUGCUACAGAGAAGCCUUUUGGUUUGGAAACUGCUGAAGUUGCUGAUCAGCAACGCAGAGCCUCGUUGUGUGUGGAUAAUGUGAAAAAAUCUUCGAAAGUAUCCAAAUGGACGCGGGUAAAAGCAGCAUUCAAGUGGGAAAAGGCUUCUUCUACUGUUGGUGAAACCAAAUCUUUAGAUAGUGGAGUUAGUGAUGUCGCUAGAUAUUUAAGAGUUCCGUCAACGAACGAUGAUCCUGGCCAUAGUCCCUCUGAUUCUGGAGCUGCAGAAAUCUCAACACCAGGCUCACUUUCGAGUGCUUCUUCUAAUGAAAACUUCCAUAGAUCAGGUAGAAGAAGUCCUUAUGAAGACCUCAGAAGUUCAGACGAUGAACACUCUCAUAUAUACUCUUCACAUUCCAAGGAAGAUCCCAACAUAUCUCCACGUUCAAGUCAAAGAUCCCAUAGAACGCCGUGGGCUCGGAUGAAAGAUAUGAUUAACACUAGAAAUCCUGUAAGAAAAAAGAGCAGGAUGAGCACCCACAGUGAUGACAUCCAGAUAGAUAUAGAAUUCUGCAGUGACAAUGAAGAUGUGUUCGAAGAUAACAAACCACAAACAUUUCCCAAUUCGAAUGCAACAUCUUCGGCAAGGCUGGAUGAAUCAUGUGAGAAUGAUAUACCACUGGUAGUUAGAGAAAGAUACAAAAGCAACGAUGACCACUUGGAAAUGGAUGAAACUGAGUCCAGAAAAAUUUCAAAAUGGACGAAGGUUAAAAGAGCAUUUUUACCUAGUAUUGAAGGAAAUUCUGAUUCAGGAUUGAAAGAUGAAUUGGAAAAAUACAGCAGAGAUCCAAUACAGUCUGAAAUAAAUAGGAACUACAGGAAUUUACAGAAAAAACUCAGCUUAGAGUUUCAAGAAAAACUCAUCGAAUGGAAGAGAAUCAAACAAAAUGCAGCAUCACCGGCUGUACCUGUCCAGUCCGGAAGUAUUUCUGAUGAACCCAGCCAAUCCAGUCCAGCGUUCAUGAAGAAAAUAGAAGAAUGGGAAAAGAUUAAAUCUCAACCAACAAAAGCCAAGAGCAAUAUCCAAAUGACGAGUGAGGAGAAUCUACCACCUGAGUUCAAGAAGAAACUCCAAGAAUGGGAGAAAAUCAAGAAAUCCUCUGUGAGGAAGAGCACUAAAAAACUGGGCGAUGCACCUAGGUGGAAAUCAAUGCAGUGCCCAAAAACUUCAGAAGCUCCUCAUGUCGAAAUACCAGUGAUAUCUGAAGAAUUCAAGAAGAAGUUAGAGGAAUGGAAGCAAAUCAAAGCCGCAGGAUAUAAAAGCGAUGAAAGUGAUAAAAAAACUGUAGGCGACAAAACUCCAAGUCCCAUUUUCCAACGAAUGGAUUCUAGAACAGGAGCUAAAACAUCUCAAGAUAAAGAACUGCAGUGGUAUGAAAAAGAGUUAAAUAAGAUUGAAAAAGAGAAAAUUAGGCUUGAAAGAGAACGACAAAAAUUCAUGGAAAAAGAAGAGAAACUAUCAAAAUUGAGGAAAUCAGUGAUAGGAGGGCACAAAAAGGAUAUUCUUGUUCAUACACCUUCUGGAUUCUAUAAGUUCGAAGGAAUAUCGAGAAAGUUCACUCAAAAAUUAUAUGAAUGGGAGAAGUCUCGGGGAAUAGGACCAGAAUCCUCAACCUUUGCUUUCUUGAGUCCUGAGUAUCCAAAGGCUGAAAUUCCUAAAGUGAAAAUCAAUGGAGAAGAUCAGAAUCCUCCCCUACAUCGAUCAAGAUCAGUGGAUAGCAUCGUGGUAUCAGGGGUGAAUAUAGGAUGUCCGUUAAUCAGUCAGCCUUCUAGUCUAUCUCUGAACGACAUGGAAGAACUCGAAAACAAUUGUAUGAUAGACUCAAAAACCUCAUCAUUGGAUUAUCUGCCCCGCCAAAAUAAUGAAACUGAUGGAGAUGAGCCCGAAGCUUUGAUUGUUGAAGUGGAAGAUUUUGUUGAAGAAACAGCAUCUCCGUUGAAGAACAUCUUUGAGCAACAUAACCCAGUAUACCAAUGCGAAGAAAUGCGAGCUUUGUGUGUUUGUUUGACUCCAAAAGUCAGAAGAAGUGAGUCUGCGCGAGCUCAGUUAAAUUACAGGCUUAUUGAAGAAACAUUGAACAGCUUGAGAUCUGUUUCAGAGAAUGAGGUCGAAAUAAGAAAAAUACAAAUAAGAGGCGAAGCGGAUGGUGUCGUCAAAAUAAAGGAAAUUUGUGAGCAACAAAAGAAAUUGAUCAAAAAUCUUCUGAAAAAAUUAUGUAGUUUGCAGGAAGAAAACACAAUAGUUAUAUCAAACCUAUCUAAGGAGAGUCAAAAAGAUAAAUUUCAUCCCAUAAGUGACAUUUUAGAGGUUGUUCAAGAUAUAUCGACAGAGCUGCUUUCAAUGGCUGAAAGAUUAUAUACCAAAAUUGACAAUAGGACAAGUGAAGAAAAAAAGAAACAGUUCUUCGAUGAACUCCACGCUCAAGAGAUAAUUGAGGAAAUGAAGUGCAAACUAUUAGAAUUACGUAGACAUCUGAGUUAUAUUUGUGCUGCUUCAGACAAAAUAUUUUCAGAUUCAAUAGCUCCUCAAAAGAGAAAACUAUGCAGAAUGAAAUCAAUAGUUUGUGAGAAAUCUUCGAACGAAUCACAGUGUACUACAAGUACACAAAAUAGUGAGUCCAGUGACAAACAAGUUAUUACAUCCUCGAAGUUAGAUACAAAAAACAUGCAAAGUCAGGGAGCUAUCAAGAAAAGACUACGAUAUCGAGUUGAAAGCAUCAGAAGCAGAAGUUUGCAAGACUCAGAUGAGGAGGAAGAAAAAGCACCUGAACAAAAGAAAUUUCCCAAACUGCUGAGAUCUAGGACAAUUUCUGAAGGAUCAACAAAAUCACUAGAACAAAGUGAAGGAAGUGACCUCAAGAACACUAAUAUAUUUCCUGCAGUGACAAAAGCAACCUAUCCUGAUUCGCCAACUCGAGUGACAUCGUCUGAUUCCCCAGUUACCAUUUUUGUUAAAACUACUAGAAAAUUAUUUACCCCUCUAGUUGAAAGAAGUUUGCAAGAUACUGAUAACAACAUUCAGAAAGUCGAUACUGAAGAUCAAUCUUUAAAUACAAUGUCAAAUAAUGUUCUUGAAAAUAAAAUAACAACUACAGAGGAACCUGAUAAACCAAAUAUCCUUGUUCAUAGUUCUAGCGUUACUGGGUUACCACCUCUACCAUCAUCUCCAGUACCUCAAAAAAAAUACUUGAAAGACAUGUCACCCAGUAUCCGAUUAAUGCUGAACAAAUACCAGCAGAAGAUUUCAGAACAGGACACCAUAAAUAAAUCAGGAGGUAGCAGUGGAUCUGCUUCUCCAGUAGCAUGGCGAUCACCAACUGCUGAAAGAAGAGUCAAAGCUCAAACAGAAAAAUACCAAGAAGAAAUUAUCAAACUUUCACCACUUGCUACUAAACGUGAAAUCCACAAAUCUGUGAGCCAAGGACAUAUACAAAAUAACGGUAUUAAACUAGUACAAGAUAUUGAGAAAGAGAAAUCAGAUAUUAAGGUCUCAAGACAGAAAAGUAUAUUAAAAUCUUGUAGUGCUACCAAUUUGAUACAAAGAAAAUUGUAUGAACAUUCUUCCCAACCUAGAAAAGCUUCUGAAGGAUUUGCAGCAUCUGCUUCGGCACAACAAUCAAAUCGUUCUACAGAUCUUCAAGAAUAUUCAACUUCCAGGCUUUCAUCAGAAUUAAGGCUUCAGAAGAUUAGAAAAGCUAAAGAAGAAUUUCUGAACUCUGGACCUAUAUCUGCUCCACCUAUGGAUAUAAAAUCAAGAGAGGUUUAUGAAUACCCUCAAAAAAAUAGAUUAAGCACUAUUAGUGUUGAUAGCAGCUCAAGUACAAGUUCUAUUUCUCCUGGGAUUCUUGUGAAGUCCAUUAGUGCUGGUAUGAUCAAUAUAGUGGCAGAUGCUUACAAACAUUUUGAAGGUAAACCUAGAGAAUAUGUUUCACUACCGAGAAAUACGAGGCAGGAGAGUUCUAAGAAAUCGCCUCUAAGUCAUUUAGCGUCGAAAUUUAGAAAAGUAAAAAUGAGAAAGGGGAAAGAGAAAGAUAAAUAUUCAGCAGUCUCGGAAUUAUGCAGGCAAAGUUUAGUAGUAGAUAUUAAUGAAUCUAACCAAGAACAAAACGUUUAUGCAACUAAUUCACCAAAUAAUUCAAACGCCGCUCAAGAAGAACUACCCAUCACAAAAUCAAGCAGUUGGAUUCGUAAAACUAUGUUCUUUAAGAAGUAGAUGAUUUAGCAAUCUUUUAUCGUUAACUAAUUUUUGUUAUAAUUAAUUUUAAUAAAUUUAUUAUGUAGUGAAAAGAAAAAUGGAUUUUAUAUAAUAAAUAUAUAACAUAUGUUGAUUUUAUUAUCAAAUAAAUAUUUCAUUAUUAUU